UAAAAUACAGCGGGACUCGGUGAAGUAGUUACUGCUCUUUGUAUAAAGUAGCUACUGCUCUUUGUACCCAUUUUUGUCACUACCCCGUCGCCUUUCAGUCCCGCUGGUGUCGCUCACGCAACGAGUGGCCAGGAUGCCUGCCAUUAAUAAGAGAAUAGAAGAAGAAAGUCACUUCCGUAAACACAAGGCAAGUGCGAUUUUGAAUCUGCAAACCGGUUAUUGUGGGUUUCCCCUGAAUUUAUGCAUCCCCAGUAUGAACGAUGUCUCAGCCUGAAUUAUGUUGUACAACCUCUGAUGCCAUAGAAACAUCUUGUGUGAGUGAGGAUAAAGAAGCUUGUAAAGAUGACUCUGCUGACACAAACAGUAAGUGUGUGGGCACUGACGGUGGCGCUCCAGACAGCAGUGUCAGGGACCGCGUGUUAAGGGAGGUAGGAUUCACCAGCUCUGCCUUCAUCGGUCCAGCAUUUCCUCCACAAACAACUGCAGCCGAGUCUGUCAUUGAAGACUCGCUGAGUGAGUUUUACAAAGAGCUUGAGAAGAUCAAUACCCCUGAUGGUGCUAAUGGUAACCCAGGGAAACAAGAUGCAGCUUUUGAUCAGCCACUUGUACCUACUAAAUUACCCACCAGCAACAAAACUCAGGAUGUUCCUGAGGAGAAAAUUGCUAACAUGAGGGACUUUGAAGAAACAGAUGGCUCCCAAAAAAGCAAUGGAAGAAAACAGCCAGCAUGGCCUCACUGGUAUCAAAAUGAGCCAUACAAUCCCAGGAGGCAGAGGCCAGGCCCGGAGCUGAGCUCUCCCCAGUGGCGUCAUCCACAACCACUGGACAGGCCACCACACCUGAGAUUUCAGAGCCCACCAUUCCCUCACCAACCACCACCGUAUGCAUUCCCAAAUCUACAAAACCCACCACCACAUGUGAACCCUACCUUUCAACAUCCAAGCAUGGCAAACCGCUUUCAAGAGGAGCUGCGGUUUCCACCUUUUUAUAGAUUCCCACCUCCAAAUGUUUCCAGACACCACUCUCAGGGAUUUUAUGGAGGUCCUCAACAUCAGUUUGACAGGGAUGUGCAUGGCUCCAGCUAUGAUGGACACUCAGCUAAUGAAAAUGUCAGGUGGCCUAGAGAUAGAAGUGAAGAGGUCUCUCAGUUAAAUGAAGAUUAUGACAGGCUCCAGAGAUGUGAUUCAGAAAAUGAACCUUGGGAGCGACAGCACUACUAUCAGCCGCGUGACGACACACAUGCAUGCCAUUCAGCCCUGGUGCUGAUCUUGAUGCGGGGAUUGCCAGGAUCUGGGAAAUCCACACGUGCCAGGGAGCUGCUCUCCACUGGCCCCAGUGGGAUCAUUUUGAGCACAGAUGAUUACUUUGCACACAAAGAUGGCUACCACUAUGAUCCUAGUCUUCUUGGAGCAGCACAUGAGUGGAAUCAGAGAAGAGCUAGAGGUGCUCUUCAUGAUGGCCGGUCUCCCAUUAUUAUUGAUAAUACAAACAUUCAAGCCUGGGAAAUGAAGCCAUAUGUCAAAAUGGCUUUGGAGAGCGGAUACAAAGUUGACUUUUGUGAACCGGACACCAGGUGGAAAUAUGAUCCUUACGAGCUGGAGAAGAGGAACAAACACGGUGUUCCUCAGGAGAAGAUCGCGCAGAUGAUGGACCGUUUUUCUAUUCCCAUAUCCAUAGACAUUGUCAUGAAUUCAGAAGAACCGUUUCAUGUGAACCAGAGACGUCAACCAGAGCAGCCACAAAUGAUGAGGAAAAAGCCAAAUUUACAUAAUUUCUAAGACAAUUUAACAGCUUCGUAAUUUACCUUGUAUGACCAUUUUUAGAGUAAAUAUUGUGAAUUUUAUAAUUUGUACCUGUUUUUAAUAUAUUACUUUGUAUACUGUAAUUUUUUUCUAAGAAAAGAGAAAAAAUAUUUUUCUGAGGAAAUUAAAAUUGCAAUUUAGUAUGUAAUAACAGAUUUUUACAGUAUGCGUAUUCUUCACAUUACAGAACAACAGUGAAAACCAGGAGUUUGCCCUGUUUUAAAUUUAUUUUUUUACUCAUUUACAAGUUGUUCCAAUUUUUGGUGAGCUUGAUCAGUGAUUUAUCAUCUUGGUUGUUGUUCUGUUUCUUUCUUUCUUUUUUUUUUUUUUUUUUAGCUAGAAAUUGUUUCUUCCUGCGACAUACACCAAUAGGCAGAUUUUCAGUGCCAAAAUAGCCAAAUAUAAACAUUGAUAUGAAUUUUCUUUUUUAGUUUGUUACACUGGUGUUGUUCUUACAUAAUUAAAACAUUGUUGGUCCAGGAUCAGUGUUGCAACUGACCAGUCCUGUUGUCUGGGUAUUUAGUUAGCAUUAGCCAAGAAGCUAGCUAAUGCUAUUAAAAACUGUCACAAGUAAACCAAUAUGAGUAGCUAAAUUUGGCUAACAGCAAAAAUAACUUGAUAAUAUAUUGUUAUAUAGCAUACAUUAAUAAAGGAAACACUUGAAGUGCUUUCUAUUUGUUCCAGAAGAGAGUUUUACAUAAGCAAAUGUUGAUGCAGGAACAACACCAACAUGGGAAUAUCACACACAUUGUGUGUAUAAAGAAAUUUAGUCGAUUCAAGUAUACCCUCUGAUUUUAUUCGUUUGCAGAACCACCUUUAGCAGCAGUAACUGAAGUAGCAGAAUUUCAGCCAAGCUUUAACCGUGAGACAGUUGACCUCACAGCUCACUCUAGAAUACUUUGGUAUACAGAGGAGUUUUUUGUAAACUCAAUGACUGCAAGAUGCCGAGGUCCUGUGGCUUCCAAAUGAACUAACUCACCCCUCUGCCACUGUGCCUGACAGCCGGUGUGAGGUGUUUGCUGAUAUGCUGUGUUGGAUGUUCAUCAGUAGCGGCUCUAUAAUAUCUGCAUUUUUGUCAUACUUUAUGUCUCCAAACGUCAUUGCCCCAGAAGUCCUGUGGUUUUUCAGAUGCAACUUUGCAAAUUUAAGCUGUGUUGCCAUAUUUUUAGAAAGAUGAAUGUUUUUUCAAAUAAUAUCAAAUAAGCCAUACGUGUUCAGUCUUUUUAUAUUAUACUACCAUGAACUUUAAUAUUUAACCUGCUAACUGGGGCCCGAAGAGGCUGAGAUUGAGCUUUUUUGGAGACUGCAGACUGCCGACUGCCAAACUGCUUUUAUUGAGGUGGUCACACUUACUGAUUGGUCAGUUAAUUAAGUGCAUUGAAGCAGCAGCACCUGGCUGCUAAAUGCCCUCUUAUUUCCUAUCAAAGCAGUAAAUAUGUACUUAGUUUUUCACAGGACUACACACCGUCAUGUGAAAAACAACUAAACUAUACAGUAACUUCCAUGUGAUGCAUUUUUUCUGUUUUAAUGUCUUUGUGAAAACUAUUUAAUGCUUUUUUUAGGGUAAAUAUUUUAUGGCAGCUAGUAGAACAGUUUCCUAGCAGAAGCGCUUAAGCCUUAACAAAACAGACUGAUUCUGAUGUCUUUGAGUUAAAGUGUUGGUGCAUAAUGUUUGAAACCAAUUGAAAUUUUCUAAUUUGAACAGGAUGGUUCUUGUUUUUCUUCUGUUCAUAGUGGUUAUUAGGAAAUCCUUUCCUAAGCUGUGCUGAGUCCAAGUGAUCUAAAAAAGUGUGCCUGAAGCUAAAGUGAGUGUCCAAAAAGUCAGAGUUAAACAAAUCAACCUGAUAAAAAUCGAGUGUUUCUUGUAUAAAACAGAUUCUUUGUGUUUCUUUGUUUGGGUGGAUGAAAGGAUGAAAAAGAACCUCAUCUUGGCUCCUGGUAAACUUUUAAAAACAUGUUGUUUUUUUUUAAACAAAGGCCUGUAAAUUGUAAUCAGCAUAAACAAAAACUAACCCUGUCAGUGUGCAAAUGGACAAUAUUGUUUCUGUCUGCUGGCAGACUCAAAAUUGGUGAUCCUGCAUUUUGUGUGCUCAUUUGUGAAAGCGAAGCAGUAAUAGGUGUGCCUCCAGUUAAAAACUGUUGCGUCUUUGUAAACACAAUAUGCCUCACGGACAGUUUGCCAAAGCAGAAUAACCCAUCUACAGCUGCUGCAGCCAAUUACUGUAGGGAAACAUUGAGUAGAGACCCUAUUACUGUAGAAACUCUGAUAUAGCGCUAAACACCAAGUGUGGAGAGGUCUUUGUCUGAUAGCAUUCAGUGUUCAUUACUGUGUGUCUCACAGGAAAUCAUAUUUCACCCCACUGUUCCUGCUGGUGCUCAUUAAUGCGGCACAGAGGUGAUGUUUUGUUGACUCUUUUCCCCCAAUCGUUGUUGUGUGGGGAACCAGAAAGUUUUUUCUACACCACAGACUAUACAGUUAAAUGUGUGUCUGCGGUGUUAUACUGGUUGAAAAUUUUGUUUUUAAGAAAAUUAGGUCGUGUUUUUGGAACUGGGACUAACAUGGGACAAGUUGGUAUUUGUCUUUGGGAUCUUCAUGUGACAGAUCUGGGUUAACUUUCCUGUUUCUCUGCUUCACAUUUAGUUGCACUGUUGUAUGCUUAAGAACAGCAUACUGAUAAUUGGAUGGACAUAAACUGAGAUUUAACCCAAAUGCAGUAUGUGUUGGUUUGAGUUAGAGAAAGGGAUCAGUGAAGGGUGAAGAAAAUACCAGCGAAUGAGAGUGGGCAAAGGAUUAUUGUCCAGAAUGAAAUGCCACUGUGAGGUCACACUUUUUACCAAAUAUUAACUUAAUAAUAGGAAUCCACGUGACUGGUUUCACUGGUCGUAGUUUUAAUUCUCUUGAAGGCAGUGUUUCCAACUGAUGCUCUUCCAGUCUUAAAAAUAUGUGUUUAGGGUUAGUUAUUUGUUUUUUAGACUGCAGUAUUCAGCAUACUGCUGUCUGCAGCUUCCUAUCUUUUCUGUAGAGGGUUUUUAAUGCUACACCAACUUUUUACAUUUUAUACAUUUUAGUGUUACAAAUUUUCCACAAAAAAAAAAAAAUGCAGGUUGAUGUGAUAUGUAAGAUAUGCAAUAAUCUCUCUGUUUCAGUGUUUGUGGAAGUUUUAAGACUGAAUCUAAGUCUUGCACAAGCUUGAUUUUUGUAAAUGAUUGCCUUAUUUGUUUAAAGGGUUAUUCUGCACGGAACUACAAAAAAAAGUCAAGGCUAAACUGUGAAAAUAAAUGGUAGGAAGGAAACCCAUAAAUUAGAUUUAACUGGUAAAUAAAAACUUAUUGAAUCUUAAAAUGCAGAGCUGGCCUCAAGUAUGUUCAGUAUUUAAAAAGGCUAAGCCGUCCUGUGAGUCUCCCUAAGAUAUAAUCUGACCUUGAGUCAAGAGAAUCAAUGAGGAGGCCCUUUAAAGGGGAUUUCUAAUGGAUUUGCUUUCUGUCUUUUGAUGUGAGUGCAGCCCUGUCUGCAGUGAAGAGUUAGGCUAAAUGGUCAAAAACUGCUAUUAGAUUUUCUUGCAAAAUGGAUGCCUGGGGCAGAAGAACAAGAUGAAAAGGCUUUAAUGAGUAACUCAAGUCAAUAACAAAGAAGAGAAACCGUUUUAAAUUUAAUCUAGACUUCACUUUUUAAAGAGAAAUUACACCCUCCAAAAACAUUUUCUAUAAAAUUAAAGGCCCUUUGGUUCCACCCUUGUUAGAAUAAUAAUGCAAACAAGCUUGAAUUAGUUAUUAAAAGUCUUAUCAGACCAGGAAACAGUAGACAACUGUAUGUUGUCACAAUUCGGCUCAAAAUGAAGGCCUCACA